GAUAGUGCUGUUCUGACAAUUUGUUGUCAGUAAUUUUUCUGUGGUGCACUGUGCAUGGAACUGUUUACUGUGUAUCUCUCCAUAUUAAUUUCACCAGCAUUAAAUAUGAUUUACUGAUGAAAUUUUGCCAAAGUAGGAAGUGUUUGAUAAUUGUCAAAAGUCUGUGGGUCAAAUUCUUGCGAUUUUGGCAUAUGACAUGGUGGCCAAAUAAAGAAACAUGUUAUGCAACAUUUGAAUAACACAAAUGUAAUAUGGCAAUGUUUGGUCCUAUUAUGUGUCUCUAUUAAGUUUUGCAAGUGGUGGGCUGUCCUUAUUCAAAGACGUUCCAAAAGACCUGUAUGUGUUUUUAUACUUGUGCCCCUAAUUUUCAAACCCAAACCCAUAGAAAUUAAACCCUAUUCAGAACAAAAAAUCAGCAAGAUCACACAAUGUUGAAAAUUUGCAUUGCUUAGUUUCAUACUGUCUCCAUGCCUGAAAAAAUCUUAUUUGCAAUUUACUUACUCAAGGAGGGUUAGUAGAGGUAGAGCAUGGGCCUCCAAAAUUCUAGCAGGUCGCAUAACCAAAAAGUUUGCUGAUCGAGGAACAAAUUUUUGUAGCUAAUGUGUAAAUUGCAAUGUGCAGUUGUACUGAGUAAACAGGAGCUCAUGUUGUUUUUGAACUUCUCACUCGUGACAGUGUUGCGAGGAUGGCUCAGUUGUUAGAGGCGCUGACUACACUACCCAAGGGUCCGUGGUUCGAGUCCCUGGCAUGACCAAACUUUCACCCAGCUCUCUGUGAUUCCAGGCAUAGGAAUCAUGAGGUCUGGUCACAUCAAGAGGAAGGACCAGGACACUGCUUGAUAAGCAUAAGCUUCUCAGUGUCCUAAAAACUACCUUCAGAUGCUGAGUAGAAACAAGUACAAAUGCAAGUUUUGGUUUGUACAUUAUCUCUGUAAGUUAUUUUUAAUACAUUCAUUUCUAUAUGUUGAUAAAAAAAUUGGGCUCCCAAAUUUCAAAAUCGUGACUACCCUGAUGGAUCUACCCAAAGGAGGUAAAUUCCCCAUAGAGUUCUAAAGCGUGACGUCACCAACAACCUAUUUUUAGAACUUUAGCCACAAAAAAUCACAAUGAAUACUUCCAAAUAUGCAAAAUUAGUCGUACAUGCCUUGAAUCGGUUAAGAUAUUGCCAAUGAAAGAUUUAAAGUUGACUUAUGAAUGAACAGAGACCAAUGUACAGAGGCAGCUAAUUCGAAACCGAUGGGCUGAUUUUCCACAUUUAGUGGUAUUUCAUGAUGCUCUUUUGCUCUUUCAGGUUGUGAGAUCCAAAUUCAAAAGUUUAAAAAUAUAUUUUUGUGACGUCUUCACUCUAACUUAACACCCUCUUCCUGAAAGCGAGGCGCGUUGCCUGGUACAAGGAAACAAGUUUGCUGUAAUCUUCAGUUAUCAAAAUUAUCAAAAUUUGGUCAUCUACGAACGAAUGAUCCUCGUUUUCAGUUUCCGUCCUUCACUUUCUUUUCUUUUACGAGGCUGGUUGUUAGCUCUUAAAAGCAGAGAAAAAUGGAUGCUCAAAUGUGUGAUUUGAAGAAAAAAAUUGAGGCUGCCGAGCAAAAGUUGAGGGCCCUAAAGGAAAUUAGGGUAUCAGACCCACACUCAGUAGAUGCAAGGCCCGAAUCUGAAUGUUAUAAUCCAUUGCGAAUAAUAAGCAAUCGACGCAGACCGCGACCAUACGUAAAACAGAAGAAGGUCAACUCUGAAUUUGUCCCUAUACCAGAAGAUAUUGCAACUAAUCCAGAGUUAAUACAGACAGACAUUAACUCUGAAGUGGAAUCAGAAGAUGAAGACGCUUAUUUUCAAGCAAAUGAAGAAAUUGAUGAAUUCGAAUUUUAUGAUGAGCAGCCAAAUCAUCAAAGUGCUCAAGACUCUUUCAAGGUCGCAUCAACUCCAGAGCAAGUAUAUGUUUAUAAUGUUCUUCGGUCACAAGCAAUUGUGACUGUUAAUGAUACAUUCACAAGAUUUUUGAUCCAGGAUUUUGACACUGGAAGGAAUAUGUUGAAGAAUAAGGCAUUCAAAUUCGUAAAAAGGGAGGUGUUUUGUCUUCAAGAUGACUCUUGUUGGAUAUAUUCAUGUUCCUGUGAUGAUACCAGAAAGAUAUACACCAACAUGAUGAAUAAACAUAUUCCAAACAGAACUAUUGCUGAAAUUAACGAACAAGUAAACACAAGUCAUCCACCAUGCAUUCACAUAACCGCUUGUAAGCAAAUGCUAUCAAUAUGGGACGACCUACAUAACAUCACACCAAGAUUACCAGACGCAGGGAUUGAAAUGGAGCAUGGAUAUAGCAAGGGGUACCCAAUCGUUAAAGCCUUAGAUCUCGGUGAGCCAAUGGUUUUGGUUGCAAAUCAUGACGACCAUAAUGAGGACCAAUCAGUUGUUGGUGUAGACAAGAAAGGUUUUGUAUGCCUUUGCUGUAAACAUGGAAGACAUUCCUGCGAACAUGUGAAGUGCAUAACUUCAAUGACAAAGGAAGAAACAAUACCCGACAGUUUGGUUGAGAUGGCCAGCAGAAGUGAUUUUUUCCAACAUAGGCAUCAAAAUGUGUAUGUUAGAAAGCCAGUCUCAACCUCCAAAAUAUCUAUGGAGACUCUUCCACAACAGCGGAGUGUUUAUGAAGGGACAUUUGCGGAUGCUGUAAUGGAAUCACUGCAAGGAAUUCUUUUAGUUCCAGAUUUUGAUGGCAGUUGUUGCAAAUUAUGUGGGGAAACCUUUAUUGACAAUUUUAUUUGGCAACCUGGUGUGAGACUCAUUUCACGUAGUUUCAUUAAGUCCGUGAGUGUUCCAGAGAGAAAGUGCCCCAAUGAAAACUGUUCCGCAGUACAAAACUAUUGUGGUUCCAACAAAGGCAUACUGAACAUGGGCGAUUUUCUGGUUGGCCACGACGUGCUGAAGGAUUACAUGUUUCGAUUUCUCACUGGUAACAGUUCAAGCCUUAUCGGCUUCUAUGAUUCCAUGAAGCUCUAUAUGGAGUUUGGGAGCAUGCAGAACAAUAAAUUGAUCAAUUAUCAACAAUGGCGCAUGAGCUGGUAUGCUUUCCUGGAACUUCUGGAUAUUAACUUUGACGAUGGAUAUAUAUGCGACAUCUGUGGACAGUAUCCUGAAAUUGUUUGCUGUGACGCAACGACGCUAGCAUUUAAACGGGAAUAUGCCCAAAGUAUCAGAAUCGAGAGUAUGGAGCCUGAAGAGAAACUGAGAGGAUGUAGUUUCAGCGAAAGGACCUUGAUUCUUGAAGGGUCAAUCAGGGAUUUGCUUAAGGUUCAAGAAAUCGAGUCGACUGCCAAGGCCCAGAUGAUGCAGCUGUUGAAGGACAGCUACAAUGAGGUACACAAUUUUUUGGAGUGGUGUGAUGAGCAAUAUCGUGACGACAUUAUUCCGACUCCCGUGAAGGAUUUUAUUCAAUGUUUUGCCUCUGAGUCGCCAGUCUGCUCCUACUUUCCCUCAAACGAUGAUUUUAAUUCCCAUAUGAGAGCAUUGUGUUUAACAACUGCUACAGGUAUGGCCAUUGGAAGCAACAUCAAUGCAAUGACCUUCAUCCAGAAAAAUGCUCCAAUUAUAUUUAAUAUUCUGGCGACAAUUCAAUCGUCACCAUUACCAAAUGUUUGGAAGGAAUUGUUUCUUCUCUUGGGGAGGAUAUCGAAACAGUCAUGCGAUAAAAAGCCCCAUACACUGCCGGAAGCCACAGUUGCUCAAAAAAAGAACACAUUGGCAUAUUUUCCAAAUUGGCCGGUACAAUGCUCUCGUGGCAGUUAUUACCAGGACAAGUCAAAGAAAAACGAAGGUCCACAUUGCAAAAAGGACAAAAAGAAAACUACGUUGCUGCCUGGUCUUUUCACCAUUUACUGCGAACAUGGAAUUUGCUACGGUUUCGAAAUCAUGGAUACCCAUGAAUCGCCAAAUGUACCUUUUACAAUAUUUCGGAUGCGGUUUCCAACAGCACCAAAAGCAAUAUUGUAUGACAAUAGCUGCCAUUUACAUCUCUACUGCAUAAACAGAGAUCCCGGUUUCUUCGGAAAAUGCACCUUUGCCGUUGACAGAUUUCACUGGAAAAAUCACAAAGCAUGUGCAAAAAGUUAUAACAUGGACGUUUAUCCAAAAUUCAAAGGAAUAAACAGCCAGAUCAACGAACAAAGAAAUUCUCAACUGAAAAAAAUUAAAAACCAAUUGUCAUACAUGUCUGAAAAAAAUUUCAUUCGACAAUUGGUUUUAUUCCUGCAUCACCAAAACAGAAAGCUGAAAAAAUAGAGAAAGCAUUCUUAGUUAGACUGGUAUGGCAUCUGAAAGCUAUAAUACACGACUCUUGCCCGAUGAUGUCACAAAAGCUCAAUGAUUUAAAUACAUGCUUAAGUGGUUAGAAAAAGAACAAAAAGCUCACAUCUGCUAAGAGGAAAUUCUUCACGACUGUUCCACGAUCUUCGAUAGGGAUUCUAAAGAAACGUUUGUCUGCGCUGGCAAGGCGGGCUAUAUAUGCAGGUAUACUCAAACACUGAAAAAGAUAUUACCUUAAUUAGACGAAAACUGCAUUGUUUCAUACAAAACGAUAAGGUACGAAAAUAUUUCAUAAGAUAAGAUAUGUCAUAAGAUACAAAAAGCAUUUGCAUUUCAUUUAAAUCUAAUCUAAUACUUUUUCAAAUUUCAUUCGCAAAAAGUAACUAAUAAAUAGGUUUUGCUUUGAAUUCCAUCUGGAAGUAGUGGAAGUUCCAUCUGAGAUUAAAUAAUUUCGUUUUAUUAACUCUUUUUAAAGUAGAGACAAUUGUUAUACUCUGUCUGUUGUUUGUGGACUAUCAGCAUAUAUUCCCAUAUGGUAGUAUUGAAACUAAGUUUAUUUUGCCUCAGCAAAUCUGCAAUUUUACCAACUUAUAACGACGAGGGUUCAAAUAGUUCUUCUACAUCUUUUGAGGACAUCAAAGCGUUUGUAUCAUCAGCGUUAAUGUUAGGGCUCAACUUUCCAGUGCAGUUUUCAAAAUCAUCCGAACACAGAAUAAAAAGCAGCGGGCUUUAUUUGGAGCAGAAUUCCAAACCAUAAUAGCGAAUUUGAUAAGGCUGAACCAUUGAGAAAACAAAUUGGUUAACGAUCCUUGAUGAACAUUCAUUGAUGAACAUUCAUCAAGGAACGAUCAAAGCCAGUUUAUCUCACGCCUCGUUACACCGUAAGCAUCAAUUUUUGGAAUAAGAAAGAGAUCUUCCACCGUAUCAAACACUUUUUCAAGGUUGAAGAAGAUUCUUGGAUUGUAGUUUUUUUACAAGUCAAACUAACAUUAGUAUCUGGUCUGGUACAAAGUUAUGACACGAGCAAUUUUCCAAACUCCUUCAAAGGUGCGUAAAAGAUUGCCGUAAAAAGUUUGCAGCACCAGAUAAUGGAUUAACAGGAUCCAGAACAGGGGAGUUAGGAAUUUUAGCUUAAAGACAUUGAGUCAUGAUAUAAUGGACUGGCUAUACCCUAAGUGCCAAAUACCGCGGAGUCACCUCGUACUGAUUAACAAAACAGUUUCCAUCAAUAGCAAUUUGUCAACAACGGAUGCAAAUAUCACAUGAAACAGCAGCGAUCAAGCCAAAACCAAAUGACCCCCUAUAGAGAAGGCCUAUAUACAAUGACUCAAUGCCAUGGUUAAAACAUGGACAAUUUCCUCGCUUUCAUUCAAUUCCUUAUUAUUUUGGUCAAUUCCUUACUCCUCAUCUUUAUUCAACAAAACCAAAGAUUGGUUAUGGACGCACAAUUCACUCAUUGCUUUUGCUUUUGCAUUUUCAAGUAAUGAAAGAGUUGCCUAAGUAAUCAAGCGCAAACCAAAGUUUGUUUACCGCAACU